GGAGAAGGAGCGGAAAAGAAAGCGAAACUGUCAGUCCAGACUUUCGCUUUCGCCACCUCCGCGCGCCAUCCAGGUGGCCCCCGCGAUCCCCUGUCGCCCUGGGGUCCGGUCGCCGGGUGGCCCAGACCUGUUUCCUCCACCCCCACCCCACCGCGUCCCCGAUGGCCUGCGACCCCUGGCGGAGGGACGAAGGGAAGGUCCCCGACAGCAGGCGACCCAUCGCGGGGGCCGGGGGUCCCCUGCGCCUCCGCGACUGGCUGGUGGCGCAGAUUGAGAGCGGGCGCUACGCCGGGCUGCGCUGGGAGGACGCGGGCAAGACCCUCUUCCGCAUCCCCUGGAAGCACGCAGCCAAGCAGGGCUACCGGGCGCAGCAGGACGCGGCGCUCUUCAGGGCCUGGGCCAUAUACAAGGGCAAGCACCUGGAGGGCAUUGACAAGGAGGACCCCUCCACCUGGAAGACGAGGCUCCGCUGUGCCCUCAACAAGAGUGCCGACUUCUGUGAAGUGCGUGAGCGCAGCCAGCUGGACAUCUCCAACCCCUACAAGGUCUACCGGCUCAUGUCCAGUGGUGCCAAUGGCCCAGUUACCAGGGCUUGUGCUUCCCAUAAAGAGGAAGACAUUCUCCAGAGCCAGCAAAAUCCCCCUGGAGAAGUGACAGAGCCGGCCUGCAGGACAAACCAGACCCUUUCUCCUGAUGCUCAGGAUGGCUCCAGAUCAGCAACAGAGGAUAAGAACAAGGAGCGGCCCCCCAGGCUGGCCCAGCAGAGCUCCCUGCCGCCAGCUGCCCUGCUCUCAGGCCCCUUGGCUGACCACAGGUACCAGGCCCAGGAACCCGCACACCCCUGGGACCCCUUACCCUCUGAGGACUUCAGCAACCCUGAUUGCUGGCUGCACGUGCGGCUCUUCUACGGCGCGGAGCUGGUGCGUGAGGCCACGGCGCGCACGGCCGAGGGCUGCCAACUGCGCGCCCACCUGCAGGAUGGUCGCCCAGAGCCUGAGUAUCAGAUCCGACUGUGCUUUGGCGAGGAAUACCCGGGGCCCCCGGACCAGCCCGAAGAGCGGCUCAUCAUGGCCCACGUGGAGCCAGUCUUCGCCCGCGAGCUCCUCCUACAUUCGAAGCGCCAAGGCCAGUUGCCUCAGUGGCGGGUCCCCAGCCCCGCAUCCCCGACAGCGUCACUCACCUGCUGA